AUGGAGCCAAUUAGCACGGUCGUCACUCUCCUCUUCCUCUCGCUCCUCUCACUUGCGAUUCUUGCACCUCUACUCAGCCGUCGCAAACCCACGCCAUUUCGCGCCAAGACGAGGAGGCCACCAGGUCCAUGGCGCCUCCCGUUCGUCGGCAGCCUGCACCACCUCGCCGCCGGGACGGCGGCGCCGCGGCCUCCGCACGUCGCCCUCCGCGACCUGGCGAGGAGGCACGGCCCCGUGAUGUACCUGCGGCUAGGGGAGGUCGACACCGUGGUGGUGUCGUCGCCGGCGGCCGCGGAGGAGGUGCUCAGGGGCGGCAACGACGUCCGGUUCGCGUCGCGGCCGAGCCUGGUGGCCACGGAGAUCAUCUGCUACGGCAACCUCGACGUCGCGUUCGCGCCCUACGGCGCCUACUGGCGGGCGCUCCGGAAGCUCUGCACCGUCGAGCUCCUGAGCGCGCGGAAGGUGAGGGAGCUGGCGCCCGGCAGGGACGCCGAGACGCGCCGCCUCGUCGGGGAGCUCCGCCGCCACGCCGGCAGCGGCCGGCCGGUGAACCUCGGGAGGAUGCUGGUGUCGUGCGCGAACGCCAUCACCGGGAAGGCGGCGUUCGGCGAGCGGUGCGGCGCCGAGCUGCAGGGGCAGUUCCUGGCGGCGAUCGAGGUGGCGCUGAGGAACAGCUCCGGGUUCUGCGUCGGCGACCUCUUCCCGUCGCUUCGGUUCGUGGACGCCGCCACCGGCAUGAGGCGCCGGCUGUGGCGGGCGCGCCACCAGCUUGAUGCCGUCUUGGAAAAGAUCAUCGCCGACUGCGAGAGGCGGCGAAACGACGCGACGAGAGACGACAACCUUCUGAGCAUCCUGCUUAGAAUAAGGGAUGAGGGUGACCACCUUGAGUAUCCCAUCAACACCGUAAACAUCAAAGCAAUCGUAGUGGAUAUGUUUACGGCGGGCACAGAGACGACAUCAGCAGCAGCCGAGUGGGUCAUGACGGAGCUCAUGAGACACCCCAGCAUGCUAGCCAAAGCACAGGCAGAGGUACGGCAAGAACUUGAUGGCACAAGCCCACAUGACCACGAGACGCAUAUGGGCGCAUUGGUCUACACAAGAAUGGUGAUCAAAGAGAGUCUGAGGCUGCACCCACCGUUGCCACUCCUUCUCCCCCGUGUCUGCAGGGAGACAUGCUACGUUGGUGGCUUUGAAGUGCCAGUAGGCACCAGGGUUACAGUGAACGCGUGGGCGAUGGCGAGAAGCCCGGAGUAUUGGGCUGAUGCCGAGGAGUUUAGGCCUGAGAGGUUCGAGCGUAGCGUGACUGAUUAUAAAGGCACGCAUCUCGAGUAUUUGCCGUUUGGGAGUGGGAGGAGGAUGUGUCCUGGCGUAGGAUUUGGAUUGGCCGCGCUGGAGCUCAUGGUGGCGCGGCUCCUCUACUACUUCGAUUGGAGCCUACCAGCUAGAAUGCGUCUUGAAGAGAUCGACAUGGAUGUAACCAUCGGCGCAACGGCAAGGAGAUCUAACCAGCUGCACCUUGUGGCAUCGCCUUAUAUUAGUUUCGUUUUUAACCAAGAACAUGGAGAAGUCAAUUGA